UCUAUCAAAUUAACACUUUUGGUAUCUAUGCUUCAUGGUAUCCUUUAAUGAUUUUUAUAUAAUUGAAAAAUUUCAUCUUUUUAGGAACGUCCUCUGACUGCCAGAGAGAGAAGACGUCUGAGGCAGUCCCAAGACAGCGCAGGACCAGCAGGUCCUAGUGCUGUGCGAAGGUCAUCGUAUGAUGUCAGCUCUGCUAGAGCUGAGCGACAUGUCCUCGUUACUCGAUCUGCUUCAUACUCCAUGACAGAGUCCAUUAGUAAGCACGAUAAACUGGCAGAGCAAAGAUCAGAUGAAGAUGAGUGCAGCUCAUCUACAAGCUCCACGGAGCGCUCCGAGGGAGACUGUAGGGAAAGAAAAACCGAAUCCAGCGACAUGCAUGAUUUGGUCCACAUGAUGACUCAGACUCUGAGGAUGGAUGUUGGAGAUGCCGGACAUGAGGUGGGAAAAGGCAGAUUGGAGCCCAGCACGCUGCCCGAAUUCAAGCUAAACCGCAGAUACAGGGACACCCUGCUGCUUCACGGGAAAGCCAGGGAAGAGGCGGAGAACCUUCCACUCCAGGAAAUACCAACAGGUUGGGACGCUGUGGUUUAUUCCUAACUUCAUAUAGCCAUC